AUGUUGGUCCGUUCCGCCAGCGCAAGGGGAUCCGUGAUCCCCAUCAUUCUCCUUCUCACGUGCAGCUGGCUGCUCGUCGUCCAUUUCCACCUCCAAUGGGACUGGUCCCUAUUCGCCACGGAGCCACGAGUAGAGGUGGUCGUGGCUAGCGUCAGCGCCGAGGACACCACCUGGGUCCAUCGCUUCCUCCCGGGCUGGGCCCGCAGCGUCUACGUCGUCGACGAGCCCACGGCCCCGCUGACGGUCCCGGAGAACAAGGGCCGUGAGGCCAUGGUGUACCUCACCCACAUCGUGGCCAACUACGACACCCUAGCCGAGACCACCGUCUUCAUCCACGCCUCGCGCUUCGCCUGGCACAACGACGACCCGGACUACGACAACCUGCCGACCCUGCGCAACCUCAACCUGGACUACGUCCAGUCCUCGGGCUACGUCAACCUCCGCUGCGUCCAGGUCCUCGGCUGCCCCGUCGAGAUCCGCCCGCACGUCGACGCCGCCACCGAGCGGGCGCGCAGCAUCGGCGCCAGCAGCGACGGCCGUCCGCUCACCGCCAAGCAGAUCUACAAGCAGUCCUUUGAGGAGCUGAUGCCGGGCGUCGAGGUCCCCGAGAAGGUUGGCGUCAGCUGCUGCUCGCAGUUUGCCGUCUCCCGCGAGGCCAUCCACAGCCGGCCGAGGGAGGACUACAUCCGCUGGCGGGACUGGUUGUUGGAGACGCCGCUUGCGGAUGAUUUGAGUGGGCGGGUGUUUGAGUACAUGUGGCACAAAACUUCACUGGUCCGUUGUGAUGCCCCUGAGGUUGAUGGUACCGGCCCCGCGUUAGAAACGGCGUCUGGGUGGUCGAUGGAAGGCUGUCUCAUCAGCGACAUGUCGGCGCUUGCUAGUUAG